AUGACUUCCACUAGUGGCUCUGUGCAGGGCUCGAUCGACCCACCCAAUGCCGACUGGACUGCGGCUGAGGAGGAACUCGACUGGGACUUCUUCUGGGGGGACAAAGACAAGGACGCAGUCAUCAUGGCGGAUCAGUUCGGACUGCAGCAGCCCCUCAGUCCAGUCAUGCGAAGCAGCAAGGCAUCUGGCGGCAGCCUUUACAUGGUGCAAUCGGCGGACAAGUCAUUCUACAUCUGGAACCUCAUCGAGGACGCCGUCUGGAAGAUUGUCGACUCCGAUACGCAGACCCUUGACGCAAUUCUCAGCAAAAUCAAGUCCAAGGGCCUGAAGGAGGUGAAGGUGGAGGCGGUCCGCAUGGUUCAUUGA